AAGUGCACCAGGCACACGAUGCUUUCUAAUGAGAACUGCGCUGAUAAAGACAAUAAUGUGACCAUAGACAAUAAUGUGACGGACUGGGAACUGUAGGAGUUGGCUCACUCCAGAAGGUGGCAGUAGUGCAGAAUCAAGGAUGCAAGCUGCCGUUCAAACCCAAAGAAGAAGACAAAGCUUCUGGAAGAGUCUGUGAACUGAGGUGUGCUUUUGAACUUGUAAGACUACAAACUGCUGUCUUCAUAAAAGGUUAUCCAUCAAAGAUCAACAUGGUCAAGGAAACGGGUUUCUAUGACACAUUGGGUGUGAAACCUAAUGCUACUCCUGAUGAACUGAAAAGGGCAUAUCGCAAACUAGCUUUGAAAUAUCACCCUGAUAAAAAUCCUACAGAAGGAGAGAAGUUCAAGCAGAUCUCCCAGGCAUAUGAGGUUUUGUCAGAUGCCAAGAAGAGAGAGGUAUAUGACCGUGGAGGUGAAAAGGCUAUAAAGGAAGGAGGGACUGAUUGUGGUGGUGGCGGGGGCUUUGCAUCGCCCAUGGACAUCUUUGACUUGUUUUUUGGUGGGGGUAGUCGGAUGCACAGAGAGCGAAAAGGGAAGAACAUUGUUCAUCAGAUUACAGUGACUCUGGAAGAGCUUUAUAAUGGAGCAACAAGAAAACUUGCUCUCCAGAAGAAUACUAUUUGUGAGAGAUGUGAAGGUCGUGGGAGUCGGAAAGGAGCUGCACAGACGUGCAUGUCCUGCCAUGGCACAGGCAUGCAGGUCCGCAUGCACCAACUAAUACCAGGUAUGGUCCAGCAAGUGUCCACAGUGUGCUCCAGCUGCCAGGGCCAAGGACAGAGAAUCAGCCACAAGGACCGCUGCAAAGGAUGCGGGGGCCGAAAGAUCAUGCGCCAGAAGAAGAUUUUAGCGGUCCACAUUGACAAAGGAAUGAGAGACGGCCAGAAGAUCGUUUUCCAUGGAGAGGGAGACCAGGAGCCAGGAAUUGAGCCAGGUGAUGUCAUCAUUGUCUUGGACCAGCGAGAACAUUCAGUUUUUAGCAGGAAAGGAGAGGACCUGGUCAUGUCAAUGGAGUUACAGCUGGUUGAGGCUUUGUGUGGUUUCAAGAAGCCUGUUCAGACACUGGACAACAGAACUCUCCUCAUCACCUCACAUCCAGGGGAAUUGAUCAAGCCUGGAGACACAAAGUGCGUCAUGACUGAAGGGAUGCCCAUGUAUCGCAGACCAUUUGAGAAGGGACGCCUUAUUAUUCACUUUACGGUGGUGUUCCCACAAGCCAACUUCCUUUCUAAGGACAAGCUGAAGGUGCUGGAGCGCUACCUCCCAGAAAAGCUGGAUCCAGAGCAGCCAGACAGCAUGGACGAUGACCUCUACAUCUACGCCGACCUGGAGGACUGUGACGUUGAGAACAGAAGAAGACACAACCAUCAGUACUACUACAUGGAUGAAGAUGACUAUGCCAGCACUGGUGGUGUUCAGUGCCAGACGUCUUAAAUAACAACUGGACUGUUCUUAUUUGAGAAGCCCAAACCCUCAUCUCUAAAGCAAAGCACCUUUUUGGAUUUUUUUGCACUUUUUUUAUUUUAUUUAAUACCUUCUCUUAAAAUCGUAUCUGUUGUGUUUUGAAGUUUUCUUUUUCAGCUGAAUCAGAAAAUGGUGUACCAACACCGUCUUGAUUUAAUAUUAUAAUACUUUUUUUGAUGGAGGUGAAUGGGAUUUCUCUUCAACGUCCCAGACCUCACUUUUACUUUUACUUUUUCUUUUCCAAUCACACUGUGAUAAGAGACGAGGGGUAUCACAGAGGCUUCAGAGAAAAAAAACAACUUUUGUCUGAGCAAAGACUGCCUGCUUUGUAUGCAUUUACACUAAAAAGGAUGCCAAUAUUAAUAUGAAAAUAACCUUUUUUAUAGUGUUACUAAGUCAGAUGUUGUGAACCACUUGUUGAUGAGUCGUUUAAUCCAUUGCGUGUGUAAAGACCCAAUCUACAGUUGGUGGUGGAGGACGGGACGUGCAUUGAGGCUUGAGUUGAAACAUUUAUGCCGUUUUACCCUUUUAAGGGCUAUUUCCUAGACAUUUCUUAACAAUCUUGAGAAUGUGGAGAGAAGACGCGAAUUUGGAGGAAAAGUGAUAAUUAUUCAGGCAUGGCAGUAUUUAGGUUCAAGCCACUAAUGUAGAUGAUUCUAACUAAUAUUUAAGUUUACUUUUUAAUAUUUUUGAGCUGCAAUCAGAUGUCUGUGGAGAUGCCGAACAUUUGUUUUUGUUUUGGAAGCCUUGUGUGAAAAGUAGAACAUUUCUUGUGUACAAACAACUGAGUUCGAUAUGAGCCAAAUAUGACUGCAUUUUAAUUGCAUGGUAGGUAUCCAGUAACAAAAGCUCAAACAUACUUAUUUUGAAAAGUCACUUUAUUUUGAAAAUAAUUAACAGUUCAGGAGGGGUUCUCCAAAAAGCAGGUUAUCUGAAUAACUUUUCACAAUGGGGUAUUUUAACAUAAUUCUGUGUUUUUUGUUUUAGUUUUACGUGGUUUGGGGUUUUACAUAACAGAAAGUUAUCCAGAUAUAUCAGUAAAUCUGCUUCUUGUGACAGAACCAUAAUGCCUUGAUGGUAAAUGUUUCUCCUCUUUUUAAAAAGUAUUGAGUGCCAAGUUGCACCCAAGUUUAAAAGUGAAAAAAAAAAUGUCUAGGUUGUUUUUAAGGAUGAAUGUUUUUUCAGGUAUGUGAUUUUACAAUCAUAAGAAGAUUAAUUAAAACCUAAAAGUGGCAUUUGAAAUUACAAAUUGAAAUCAAAGAUCAACUUGUUUUGUUUUCAGAUUUCGACCCACAAGAAAUUAAGUGUCUCAUAUAGUCCUAUUUGUAAAUGCCAAAUGAGUCGGUGGGAGGUUAUGGAGGGACUUAAAAUCGGCACACCUGAUACCUCAUUGAAGUGUUUGCCUGUUUGAAAGCCUUAUCAUAACUGAACUUGAAGCAACUUGAUAGUGCAAGUCUUUUUUUUUCAGUGAUGACUGCCUUUGUAAUUGUAAAACACAACUAUGCUCAUCCUAAGAAAGAUUCCUUAAAUUGUUGAAGCAGAUGCAAAUUAAUGAGUACUCAUAAUGUCAGGGGAACUCGACUUAACUAAGUGUUGUCAAGUUUGUAAUUUGACUGACUGGUACGUGUGUUAGGACCAAUCUACUUGUUUAUGCUCAUGUUUUCUAAUUAAAUGCAGUUGGAUGUUCUCUCUAAA